UGGCAGAACUUAUUAUUUUCAGCUCUCUGACAUCACUGCCACAUCCUCCCGAAGACAAAGCCAAACUCCCUGUCUGAAGCUGCUACAUCAGGCCAGAAAUUUACUUCCUCAGAAAGUUGAAGUUUUACUUCUGCUGUUAGUAACUCUGAAUCUAUUCAGAGAAGUAGAUGAGGUUUCAUUUACUGCAGAUUUUAAAGAAGGCAUUUCAAAAUACAGUAUUGUAAGUACUGAAUGUGAAUAAAAGCAAACAGUGUCAAGGGAAAAAAAAAAAUAUAUAUAUAUAUAUAUAUAUAUAUAUAUAUAUAUAUAUAUAUAUAUAUAUUCAACACUGAAAUGUUUAGUAGUGGUUUCAGCACCGAGGAAAUAUAAACAGGAGCUCAGUUCAUCAUUUCUGGAAAAGAAGGCGAAACAAACAUUCCAUAAGUCUAUAUCUGGAAGAUAUUUUAGAUUUGUAGAAGAAAAAUAUUUUGCGCAUCAGCUUUGCAAUCUGCAAAAAACAGACAGUGUCUAGUUCUCUGUGGGAUUUUUGUCACGAGAGGUCUACAGAAAGGUUUCCAGCCUCCUUCGUUAAGACAUUCAAUAUGGAAGACUUUCAUGGAACAGCAUAUGUGAAAGUUAGUGAAGGCAAGUCAGUUCUAAAAUCAGAUUUGAUAUCGUUGCUAAAAACCUACAACUGUUACCAUGAGGGCACAAGUUUUCAACUGAGACACAGAGAGGAGGAGGGAGAAUUACUCAUUGAAGGCUUGCUAAACAUAUCCUGGGGCCUGCGGCGUCCAAUUCGGCUUCAGAUGCAAGAUGACAAUGAACGUAUUCAUUUCUCCUGUUCAGCAUUACGUAGGACAGAACAAGCCAGUCUUAACAACAGAAAUGAACGUACAAGCCUGACUGUGCCAUUGAAGAAUGUGACAGAAUCUAACAGUAACUUUAUAUACCAGGAAGAUGCUCAUGCUGCCAAAGACAUGAACAACACAGAGGAAGAGAUGCCACAACUUAUGCGAACGAAAAGUGAUGCCAGUUGCAUGAUACAAAGGAGGUUCAAAUACCGAUCUCCUGCAGAGAUACAGAAAAAAAAGCGACAUCGAUUUUCAAUCAAUGGCCACUUUUAUAAUCACAAGACGUCAGUUUUCACACCUGCCUAUGGCUCAGUAACGAAUGUCCGUGUUAACAGUAGCAUGACUACACCACAGGUUCUGACUCUUCUACUUAACAAAUUUCGAGUUGAAAAUAGCUGUGAAGACUUUGCAUUAUAUGUGGUUCAUGAAUGUGGUGAGAAGACAAAACUGAAAAGUACGGACUACCCACUCAUUUCCAGGAUUAUGAAUGGACCUUGUGAGAAGAUAGCAAAACUAUUCCUGAUGGAAGCUGACCUUGGUGAAGAAGUUACUUAUGAUGUUGCCCAGUAUAUAAAGUUUGAAAUGCCAGUACUGGAUAGCUUUGUUAAAAAGCUGAAAGAAGAAGAGGAGCGAGAGAUCAUCAGAGUAACAGCUAUGUACAGUGUUCUUCGAUCUGUGAUAGAGCAACGGUUGGAAGAUCUUACAGAAAGGGAUGAUUAUCUGUAAGAGAAUAUCUCUGGACUUGGAAAACACAUUUUAAAAAUUAUGAGAACAAAACAGAGCAAAUCAAGAACAUUGGUAUCUGUGAUGCGAAGCGGGUCUUUAAAUAAGCUGAUGAGAGCCAAAAACAAUGCAGGAACUGUUUUGUUUAGCACCAAUUUAAAACUUUACCUGAUGUGUUUUUGCAGCAUAUUAUGAAAGUCAUACAUGUAUGAGCAGCAAAUUUCUACUUUAGUAGAAUUCAGAUAUCACAAAUUAAACAGAAGAAAUCAAGGGUGAGAUUUACAAAUGAGGACUUAUGUGACACAUUACAUAAACCUGAGGCUUGCUUCUUUUUGUCCAGGUUGUUUUAAUCCAAAUUUUAUCCUAUUUCAAGGACAACAUAUAUUAGCUGCAAAAAUGUACGUUGUCAUGAAGCAGAGUAUUCGUAGAAUAUUGGGUAGCUUUGCCUAACAAUGUAUUAUUUUUUCUAUGUAUCACUUUGUUUAGACAACUUAUCAUAGAUGUUAUUAUUUUUCUAGUGGGUUGUUCUCAGUUUCAGAUAGGCAAAUACAGAAUAAAUAGAUAGAAUGUGAAA